GGCGCCGGCUCCGGGGCUACCCGGCGGUGCGGUGGCCUCUUAGUCUCCGGCUCCGCUCGCGGACUGCCUUCGGGUUAGUAGCAGAGCUCUCCCGAUAGGACAGCGGGGCUGGUCUGCUCUCUCAGCAAUCCUUGACUCCUUUUGAACUUGGUACAAGUUGGACAAGUCUUUCGGAAAAAGCCUUAUUGCUCUGAUGAGUGUGGUCCUCCCUCUUUGAGAAGAAAAGGAAGCGAGAACAUAUCUUAAAUCCCUGUUCUGGAGAGCUCUAUAUUAAGGGGUACUUGAAGCAAUGAAAUUAAUUGAAUCUGUAUGCUGGAGAAUGAAUAGAACAACACACUGAUGAAGAGUAAGGAUAAAUAAAGAAGAAAACGGGGAAGGAACAAAGCAUUGAUUACAAAUGUCUUAAUAAUGAGCAAAUGUGGCAGGAAAAAAUAUAUUAAGACAAAUCUAAGACAAAUGACCAUGGAAACAAUUGAAUCUCAGCAGGAUGGAAGUGUAACAGAUUCUGUGGCAGAGAGAGAAUCUGCUGAUAUGCAGACCCAGACUGGUCAAAAUUCAAUCCCUACCUUAGCUCAGGUUUCUGUAGCUGGAUCAGGCACCGGAAGAGGCUCCCCAGCUGUAACUCUAGUGCAGUUACCUUCGGGCCAAACUGUGCAUGUCCAGGGAGUAAUUCAGACACCACAGCCAUCGGUUAUUCAGUCACCACAAAUACAAACUGUUCAGGUAGCAACAAUUGCAGAGACAGAUGAGUCUGCAGAUUCAGAAGGUGUAAUUGAUUCUCAUAAACGUAGAGAAAUCCUUUCACGAAGACCCUCUUAUAGAAAAAUACUGAAUGAACUUUCCUCUGAUGUGCCUGGUGUUCCCAAGAUUGAAGAAGAAAAAUCAGAGGAAGAAGGAACGCCACCUAACAUCACUACCAUGGCAGUACCGACUAGCAUAUAUCAGACUAGCACGGGGCAAUACAUUGCUAUAGCCCAAGGUGGAACAAUCCAGAUUUCUAACCCAGGAUCUGAUGGUGUUCAGGGACUACAGGCAUUAACAAUGACAAAUUCAGGAGCUCCUCCUCCAGGUGCUACAAUUGUACAGUAUGCAGCACAGUCAGCUGAUGGCACACAGCAGUUCUUUGUCCCAGGCAGCCAGGUUGUUGUGCAAGAUGAGGAAACUGAACUUGCCCCAAGUCACAUGGCUGCAGCCACUGGUGACAUGCCAACUUACCAGAUCCGAGCUCCUACUACUGCUUUGCCACAGGGAGUAGUGAUGGCUGCCUCACCAGGAAGUUUGCACAGUCCCCAGCAACUAGCAGAAGAAGCAACACGCAAACGAGAGCUGAGGCUAAUGAAAAACAGGGAAGCUGCUAAAGAAUGUCGACGUCGAAAGAAAGAAUAUGUAAAAUGUCUGGAGAGUCGAGUUGCAGUGCUGGAGGUUCAGAACAAGAAGCUCAUAGAGGAACUUGAAACUUUGAAAGACAUUUGCUCUCCCAAAACAGAUUAGUAGAAAUAUUUAACUAUGAACUGAUUACAACAUGUACAGUUGCUUUUGAAGGCAAUACAAUAUAUAGCCAGCAAGAAUUACGGCUUUUUUCCUUUGUAUCAUUCAUCAUAUUCUCUAACCUCUGACAUUCCUAAGAUGCCUCACUGUACGUAGUUAACUAUUAGCUAUAACUUCAAUUUUUUAAAAAGAGACAGCUGUAAAAAAUGUAUGUAACAUUCUUAAAAUGCAAUAUUUGUAAGACUUGUUCCAUUGCCACAUAUUUGCAGUUCCUAACCUCUGUGUCAUGAAUAGUGUCCUAUGCAAUAAAAUUUUUUUGCAGGUCUUUAAAAAUCAUUUUAGGAAAGGAUGAUCAAGAUAAUGCAUCCAGCAGUACAGUAAAAGCAAACCACAAACAAACAAAAAAAUACCUCAGGAAAGAAUUGAAAGAAAAAAUUGAAAGAAUCUAAUGAUAUGCCUAUAUGAAAAUAAUAGCCUAUAAAUGAAUUUAUGGCAUUUGCAGAUUUUUAUAUUACUUGCUUUGUAAAGAAAAUAUUGUAUUGCUGUCCUUGAAUGCCAUAGUUGAAGAGAGUUUUUAAUAGAACCAUGUUGGUUACA